UAGGUAGAGCAUCAGUCGUUCCCUGACCGAAGAACCAACUCACAUCAAGAUGUACAAGCUGGCAGUUCUGUUGUGCGCGGUGGCGGCGUGUGUGGCCGAGCCCGAGCCGCAGCCCGAGCCCAAGCCCGAGCCCGGGGCGUACCUCUCCGGCGCCUACUACGCCAGCCCCUACCUGGCCACCUCGUACGCCGCCCGCCCGCUGCUGGCUGCCGGCUACUCCGCGCCCCUGUACCCUGGCUAUGGCUACAGUGGCUACCCUGGCUACAGCGGCUACGUCGCCCCGGCCGCGCACUUCAUCAAGAAGCGCUCCGCCCCCGUGCUCCCCUACGCCGCCGCCUCCUACAUCGCUCCCUCUGCGUACUCGACCUACUCGUACUCCACCCCGUACGUCGCCGCCCCCUACGCCGCCGCUCCCUUCGCCUACUCCAGCCCCUACGCCUACUCCCCGUACUUCAUCAAGAAGUAAACAUUGCAACAAACAAGCGUGGUGCAAAUGAUGGUCUAUGAACCAAGUGAUGGUCUCAAUAACGUGAUUUCCUAGUCCUAACUAUAACAUCUUGCCUCACAACAAAUACAUUAUUUGCAACUGUAAA